UUAUGAUUCCAAAGAAUCGGGAUGCUAUUAAGUGUCUACUUUGCCUUCUUAUGUACUUCUGGAAGCUCUGCAGAGCCGCACAAAAUUAGAUCGGCGAUAGGGUCACACGCGCUGAUUGCUCUUCUCAUUCAAUCGUCUCGGGAUAUUGACGAAAUCGCCGGAAGUGUCAAUUCGAUGCGAAGCCGGUGUGCCACCGCAUCAUUGUCACUAGAGAAGAAGAAUAGUCUCAAGCUUCCCAUAAUAGGCUUUGAUUUCUGCAGGUAGAUAUAUGAUAAGAGAUCAGCCAAUCGGUCUC